AGUUUAACGAACGCAAAAAAAACGAAUAAGGAAAAAACGACAAAAAAGUAGUUCAAAAACGGCGCCCCUAAAAUCCUUCAAAACACAUCAAAACAAAUAUAAACAUCAAAGAAACAACACCUUCUUAACAAUAUUCUUGUGAAGCGGUUAAAUUUCGAUUUGUUCCAGGUGAUUGCUUAACUCAACCUGAUUCAACUUGACUUUAUUGUUUUCUAUUUCCCACCCUUUUUGUGUGUGUUUUCCUUACUGCUUUAAGAAAACAUAAACACUCUUUUUCUACUCUCCUUAAGUUUCAUUACCGGUGCUGAUAAGGGCUUUAUAUUCAGAGUAAGAAGUGCUAUCUCGAAGCAAACAUGUCUUACCCACCAAGACCACAGAACUACCAGAGACUCAAUGAGCUCUUGGAGGCGAUCAGAGAGGAGUUUGACAAUGUCAGUAACGAAGCGUCAAACUUUAGAAUCCACAAGUCCGAGUACGACCUCAAGUUUACACAACAAACCACCGAGAUGCAACAGAUUAGGCAAACUGUCUAUGAAUUGGAGAUGGCCCACAGAAAGAUCAAGGAGGCAUACGAGGACCAGAUCUCGAGAUUGAAGGGUGAACUGGAGGUUAAAGAUAGACAGCUGGCAUCUUUCCAACAACAACAGCAACAACAACAACAACAACAGCAGCAGCAACAGCCGCAACAACUUCCACAGCAGGCUCCACCACCACAACAACAACACCAGCCUGCAAUUGGCAAUGGCUCCAACAGUGAAAACUACUUGGUCCCAGCUAAUGAACGGGCAUUACACGAAAAGCCAAUUCCACCGUUCUUGGAGGAUUUGGAGGCUCCAGUAUCUUCUCCACACUUGAAGAAGUUGAGACCAGAGUACUAUGUGUUGUAUAACCCAGCUUUACCAAAAUCAGUCGAUGUUGAGUUGGUUCAUUCUUUAGACCAUUCAUCUGUCGUUUGUUGUGUCCGUUUCUCGAACGAUGGUAAGUUCCUCGCUACAGGUUGUAACAAGACCACUCAAGUGUUUGGUGUUGAAACUGGUGAAUUGGUUGCAAGAUUGAGUGAUGACAACACUGCAACUGACAACACAGGUUCAAGUGCUGAUUUGUACAUCAGAUCUGUUUGUUUCUCUCCAGACGGUAAGUUCUUGGCGACGGGUGCAGAAGAUAAGGUGAUUAGAAUCUGGGAUUUGAGUACUAGAAAGAUUACAAAAUACCUGAGAGGCCAUGAACAAGAUAUUUACUCACUGGAUUUCUUCCCAGAUGGUCAAAGACUUGUAUCUGGAUCAGGAGAUAGAACUGUGAGAAUUUGGGAUCUCAACAGUGGACAGUGUUCCUUGACUUUAUCUAUCGAGGAUGGUGUAACUACAGUUGCUGUAUCUCCAGAUGGUAAACUGAUCGCUGCUGGGUCUCUUGAUCGUACCGUUCGUGUUUGGGAUUCAUCAACUGGAUUCCUUGUUGAAAGAUUGGACUCUGAAAAUGAAGCUGGUACUGGUCAUAAGGAUUCUGUGUAUUCAGUUGCAUUCACCUCUAAUGGAAAGGAGGUUGCAUCUGGUUCAUUGGAUAGAACAGUCAAGUUGUGGUCUUUGAAGCAAUUGGGUAGCAAUGUUACUGCCACAACGCCAUCCAAGAACGUGACCGCGUGCGAAGUCACAUAUGUUGGACACAAGGACUUUGUCCUUUCUGUAUGCUCCUCUCCAGAUGGCCAAUACAUCUUAUCUGGUUCAAAGGAUCGUGGUGUCAUCUUCUGGGAGAAGAGAACUGGUGAUGCUCUCCUGAUGCUUCAAGGUCACAGAAACUCCGUUAUCAGCGUUUCUGUUGCCAACCACGCAAUUUCUGGCGCAGGUAUGUUUGCUACAGGUAGUGGUGAUUGUAAGGCCAGAAUCUGGAGAUGGAACAAGACCUAA